AUGCUGCUACGCUCAGAACCGUCGAAACAGCCAGAGCAAGAGUACUACCAGGUCGCACAGUACACCUGCGUCUACAAUGCUGUCGAGAGGAGCGUCGCCUGCAAGCCCUUCGUACGGAACUUUGUGCGGAUGGCGAACGAGCAGGCCAUGACGGAGGUGACCCCGACUGUGAACGCGGGUGGACGACUGCCCAAGGGUCCGCUGGCUGUUUCGCGCCCGCACGAGCGUCAAGAAGUCGUUGCCGUCGUUGGACCUCCUCAAGGCAGCUGA